AUGGACUGCGAUUUGUUCGCUGCGUGGUGGAGCAGCAGCACCAGAGUAGUCUCCAGGAUUUUUCGGGGGUCAGCAGCUGAUGCGCCGGGGCCAUCGCCAAUGAGGCCAGCCAUACCGAUUCACCAGAAGCAGGCGGGGCUGGCUGCUAGCAAGCUAAGCGUGGGGACCUCGAAGAAGCACAGGGCCUUUGUCGCCAGCGAUGAGCAGUGGUACAACAAGAUUUUUGACCCGUCAAGCGACUUCAUCUUGAAAUGGAAUCGCAUCUUCCUCUUCUCCUGCUUCGUCGCGCUAUUUAUAGACCCCCUCUACUUCUAUGUGCCGAAGAUCAGCUACGCCAGCCCCAAAUUAUGUGUGGGAACAGACACCCGUUUCGCCGUCGGUGUUACAUUCUUCAGAUCGAUUGCCGAUUUAUUGUGUGUCUUGCACAUCAUAAUAAAGUUCAGAACAGCAUAUAUCAACCCGAGCUCGACUCUGAGGGUGUUUGGAAGAGGAGACCUUGUCACAGAUCCCAAGGAAAUUGCGUGCAAAUAUAUCAGAUCUGACUUAGCUGUUGAUGUGGCGGCUGCAUUGCCUUUGCCACAGAUUAUUGUUUGGUUUGUGAUACCAGCCAUAAAGUAUUCCUCUGCUGAGCACAACAAUAACAUUUUGGUGCUCAUAGUUCUUGCUCAGUAUCUUCCAAGAUUGUACCUGAUAUUCCCCUUAACUUAUGAAAUUGUCAAAGCUACUGGAGUUGUCGCAAAGACCGCUUGGGAAGGGGCUGCAUACAACAUGGUGCUCUAUCUGAUAGCUAGUCAUGUUCUAGGUGCACUAUGGUAUCUGCUAUCUGUUGAUCGCCAGACAUUCUGCUGGAAGACGAGUUGCUUGAGUGAAACUGAUUGUCAUAUUAAGUACCUAGAUUGUGACACGACACUUAAUGCUACUUGGGCGAAUACAACUGCUGUCUUCAGUCAAUGUAAUGCUAGCGAUAACACUAUUAGUUUUGAUUUUGGUAUGUUUGGGCCUGCAUUGUCUAAUCAAGCCCCUGCUCAAAGUUUUGCAAUGAAGUAUUUCUAUUCCCUCUGGUGGGGGUUGCAGAAUUUAAGCUGCUACGGUCAGACUCUUAGUGUGAGUACCUAUCUUGGUGAGACACUGUAUUGUAUAUUCUUGGCGGUACUUGGUCUUGUCUUGUUUGCGCAUUUGAUUGGAAAUGUGCAGACCUACCUGCAAUCUAUUACUGUGAGGGUUGAGGAAUGGAGAUUAAAGCAAAGAGAUACUGAGGAAUGGAUGAGACAUCGUCAACUUCCUUCUGAACUGAGGGAAAGGGUGAGACGAUUUAUCCAGUACAAGUGGCUUGCAACUAGGGGUGUGAACGAAGAGUCAAUAUUGCAAGCUCUGCCUGCAGACCUUCGACGUGACAUUAAGCGCCACCUUUGCCUGGGUCUUGUUCGACGGGUUCCAUUUUUCUCCCAGAUGGAUGAUCAACUUCUUGAUGCCAUCUGUGAGCGUCUUGUAUCAUCACUGUGCACAAAAGGCACAUACAUUGUCCGUGAAGGCGAUCCAGUGACUGAGAUGCUCUUCAUCAUCCGUGGAAAAUUGGAAAGCUCCACAACAAAUGGUGGCCGCACUGGCUUCUUCAAUUCAAUUACCCUGAAACCUGGUGAUUUUUGUGGUGAGGAACUUCUUGGAUGGGCUCUUGUCCCCAGGCCUACUACAAACUUGCCAUCAUCCACUCGGACAGUGAAGGCACUGAUAGAAGUGGAGGCCUUUGCACUCCAGGCCGAGGAUCUCAAGUUUGUUGCCAGCCAGUUCAGGCGGCUGCACAGCAAGAAGUUGCAACACACUUUCCGGUAUUACUCGCACCACUGGAGAACAUGGGCAUCAUGCUUCAUCCAAGCUGCUUGGAGACGGUACAAGAGGAGGAAGAUGGCAAAGGACCUGAGUAUGAGGGAGUCGUUCAAUUCCAUUAGAUUAGAUGAAGUGGAUAAUGAAGAAGACGAUUCUCUGCCCAAGAAUAGUCUUGCUCAAAAAUUCAUAGCUAGGACUAGAAAAGUGCCUAAAAACAUGAAAGAGUUGCCUAAGCUAACGAAGCCAGAUGAGCCAGAUUUCUCAGCUGAACCUGAAGACUAG